GAAAGAGAAGUUCUUUUAUGUACUCUGAUAUCCGGCAGAAUGACAAUGAAACCAUGCAGAACAUUCUUGAUGAUGCCAGGCAGAAUGACAAUGAAACCAUGCAGACAAUUCUUGAUGAUGCCAGGCAGAAUGACAAUGAAACCAUGCAGACAAAUCUUGAUGAUGCCAGGCAGAAUGACAAUGAAACCAUGCAGACAAAUCUUGAUGAUGCCAGGCAGAAUGACAAUGAAACCAUGCAGACAAAUCUUGAUGAUGCCAGGCAGAAUGACAAUGAAACCUUGCAGAAAAUUCUUGAUGAUGCCAGGCAGAAUGACAAUGAAACCAUGCAGACAAUUCUUGAUGAUGCCAGGCAGAAUGACAAUGAAACUAUGCAGACAAUUCUUGAUGAUGCCAGGCAGAAUAACAAUGAUGAUGCAACUUGUUCUUCUGAAAUUAAUACAGAUUUCAUUUCAAGAAAUGUAAACAGCAUUGUGAAAACUGUUAGAGACAUUAUGAACUGCAGCUUAACCAAAUGUGAUGAGGUUGAACAUAAGCGGCAUCAUCAAUUCAUGAACAACCCUGAAAAGGUUUACAGGGACAAUUUUGUAAAAUAUUGUUUUGGAGCCAAUUAAAUUCAACCCGAGGUAAGAAGUGCAUCAGUGUUCUUAAAGAUGGUUUCUUUUCAACUUUAGCCAGCAUGUUUUUACUUCAGAAGCAUGACAUUAUUAGGGCCAGCCUAUAGAUGGGAGCCCUAUAGUGAUCAGUAUGGCAUGUCAUACGUUGCAAUAUUUGAUCUUUUUCAUUUGUAUUGUAUAAUUUUCCAUUUAUAUUCUAUAUUUUCCAUUUGCAUUGUAUAAUUUUUCAUUUGCAUUGUAUAAUUUCCAUUUGUAUUGUAUAAUUUUCGAUUUGUAUUCUAUAUUUUCCAUUUGUAUUGUAUAAUUUUCCAUUUGUAUUCUAUAUUUUCCAUUCGUAUUCUAUAUUUUCCAUUUAUAUUAUAUAUUUUUUUUCGUUUGCAUUGUAUAAUUUCCAUUUGCAUUGCAAAAUCUUUUCAUUUGUAUUGCAUCCGAGGGAUUGUUUAUUUUGAUUUGUGACGAAGGAUUUCAUUAGUUUAGGUCCCACUUAUAUUUAGCCGUCACCAGCUGCAGGUGACGUACCACAAAUAGACUUACUAUGCUACAUGUAUGGG